AUGGGCAGUAUCCCAUUGGAAAGCCGCAUAGCUUCGCUUGUCCACUCGCAUUUCGAUGAUCUGCCACAACGUAGCAAACCUACAAUUCACCCCAAUGGAUUAAGGGAAUGGGUUCCUCUGAGCGGCAUUGUGCUUGUUACCGGCGCAAAAUGCCUCCCAUCAUCGCAGAUACGGCUCUGUCGGGGUCUGGUACUUCACGAUAGUCAUGCCGAGGUUCUAGUCAUUCGAGCUUUCAAUCACUGGCUUCUAGAAGAAUGCAAAAUGAUGCUUCAACAGUGGAAAGGCCCACCUAGUUCUGGUCAUGAACAUGAUGGUGAGACGCACGCAAUUCGUGCAGAGUGCACUAGUCGCCAGAAAAAAAUCGCCGUGGAACAACAUUCCAGAUUCAUAAACUGGAGGCAUCGAUUAAGAACAGAGAAUGAACCAGCUUCAGUCAUUCUUCUCAGCUCGUCAGAUGUCACUCACCCCAACAAUUCAGAGUGGCCAUUAUGGCCCCCUUUCCAACUUCGCACGGAUCUCAAAAUAUAUAUGUACAGUACUUGUGCGCCAUGUGGCGAUGCUAGUAUGGAAAUUUGCAUGGCUGCUCAGGAUGACCCCACCCCAUGGGCGAUAUCUCUCCCCUCUUAUCCCAAUACCGAAAGCUCCAAUGAUAAUAAUAAUGAAACAUGCCCUUCAGAGACCUACGCAAAUUUACUCAAUGGUCGCGCCCACUUCUCCAUCCUGGGCGCUGUGCGCCGCAAACCUUCUCGUGCUGAUGCUGAAUCAACACUCAGCAAAUCAUGCUCUGAUAAGUUAGCUGUGAAACAGGUGACAUCUCUUCUCACGUUUCCUACAUGCUUACUCAUUGUGCCAAGUCCGAACGCCUACUUGGCAGCUCUGCUUCUUCCGGAGGACGAAAUAAGCCAAAUUGCAUGUGCCAGGGCGUUUGGGGGUGGUGAGACUGGUCGCCUUAAGAAGCUGAACGGUCAGAGGUGGAAAGUUGAUGAUAUUUUGCCACCAAACGGUCAGGAAGAGUAUGUGUUUCGUCCGUUUGAGGUUCGCUCUAUACCGAAUGCCCAGGUCAAGAAGGAGUGGGCGUUUGGGAAACCAAACGUAAAGGAAGUAAAGAGUAAACCAGGGAAUACCUCUGCGGUUUGGACGGCUGCGCCAUCGUAUACGAUGGCACCUGAGAAACUAACAACGAAAAACCUAAGCGAAACCCUCAUCAAUGGCGUUAAACAAGGCUAUCGCCAUUCAUCACCAACACCGCGGAAAGCGAGCGCCCUUUCACGUGCAAAAAUGUGGGAUUUAUUUCGGGACAUCGUUCAACUCCUGCCCUCUGCCGAAAUUAACAUUUCUACGGGAUCAGAUUAUAUGCUAGAUCCACGGGACAGUUCGCACUAUUUGAAAGUAAAAGAAUGCGUCUGUGCCUCGCAGACUUAUGAGGUGGUGAAACGGAAAUGCGUCGAACUAGGCCUUGGUCCAGUAAGGGUGAGGAAGGAGGUUUUGUCAGAUGUGAGGAUUGUUCUUGGAAAUUGGGUUGAGAAUCGAGGGGAUGAGAAUUGGGGCUUGUAUGUAUUGGACAAUGAGAUGAAGGAUCGGAAGGCUCAGCGACAGGAUCAAAUUUCAAUGAAUGUUUAUGAAUAA